AUGGCAGCCGACGAAGAAAAGGUGGCUCUGGGACCUGCCCCAGGCGCUUCAACACCGCCCGCAACAACGGCACCAUCAACAGAACCGACCAUCUCAACACAGACUAAGGAGACGAACAACGAGAUCACAGACGACAACGAGGAUACAACAGACGAGGACGACGACAACAACGGCGACGAUGGCGACGACACCCGCAAUGUGAGCCCGUACGAAGUUGUCGCGAUCGAGCAGGUCGAUGCCGCCGGCCUCUCAGCGGCCGAAAAGGGCGUCGCCGGCAUCGUCGACAAGGACGAGGCACGGCUCGACGGGAACGAGGUCGUCCACCACCCAAGCGGCAGCCGUAUCUCGGCCACCCUGUCACGCAUAGCCAGCAACGCCAGCUCGGCGGUCCGCAGCAGAAUGAGCAACGCCAACAGGGCCGCCGCGGCCGCUGCACGCCUCGCCGCGUCGCCGAUCCCGCUCAUGGACCUGGACAAGGGCAUCGUCGGAUGGGACGCGCCCGACGACCCCCACUACCCGCUCAACUUUGCGCCGCGCCGCAAGUGGCUCCUCAUUGUCUUUUUGGCGUGCAUGACCCUCAUGACGCCCUUUGCGUCGUCCAUCCUGGCGCCCGGCAUUAAGUACAUGGAUGCCGACUUCAACAACGACGACUUGACGACUGGCUCACUGGCCGUGAGCAUCUAUCUCUUAGGCUAUGCUGUAGGACCACUAUUUCUUGCCGGCAUGUCCGAGCUGUAUGGCCGCCACGUCGUGCUCUCGGCCUCCAACAUCUUCUUUUGUGCCUGGCAGAUUGGCUGCGCGCUGGCACCGUCCUUGCAAAGUUUGAUCGUGUUCCGGGUCCUGGCUGGCAUUGGUGGCAGUGCGUGCAUAAGUUUGGGCGGUGCCGUGAUUGGUGAUCUUUUCCCGAUCGAAGAGAGAGGCUUGGCCUUGUCCAUCUGGACCGUCGGCCCGCUUAUCGGCCCGUCCGUCGGUCCCAUUGCCGGUGCUUGGAUUGCCCAGACCAUCGGCUGGCGCUGGGACUUUUGGAUCGUCCUCAUCCCCGGCGCCAUCAACACCAUCGUCAUUGCCGUCUUCAGCUCCGAAACCAGCCACCACGUCCUCAUCCGCCGCAAAGUCACGCGCCUCGCCAAGGAGCUGGGCCGCAACGACCUGCGCAGCUGCUACGACAACCCGGACAAGCCCCGGCCCACAACCCGCCGCGCCCUGCUCCUGGGCCUCAUCCGCCCGCUCAAGAUGCUCGCCAUGUCGCCCGUGCUGCUCGUCAUCUCGAUCUACACGGCGUUCGCGUACGGCGUCCUCUACCUGCUCUUCAACACCAUCCCCAUGGUCUUCCAGGAGGGCUACCACUGGAGCAUCGGCAUCACCGGGCUCGUGUACAUCCCCAUGGGUCUUGGAUACUGCGCUGGCCUCCUCCUCUUUGCCAACAUCUCCGACAGCACCGUCAUCCGCCUGACCAAGAAGAACGGCGGCGUCUACGAGCCGGAAAUGCGCCUCGUUGACUGCAUCUACUUUGCCUGCUGCCUGCCCAUUACCUUUUUCUGGUACGGCUGGUCCGCCGACAAGCAAGUCCACUGGAUCGUCCCCGUGCUCGGCCUGUUCCCGUACGGGUUUGCUGUUAUUGGCGUCUGGCAGCCGUCCCAGGCCUAUGUUAUCGACGCCUACGGCCACUAUGCCGCGAGCGCCACCGCCGCCUUUACCGUCUUCCGAUCCGUCGUGGCCGCCUUCUUGCCGUUGGCGGGCCCGACCAUGUACGCCACGCUGGGUGUGGGUUGGGGCAACAGCUUGUUGGGCUUUAUUUGCAUUGCGCUCAUCCCCGUGCCGCUGCUGAUCUACCGCUUUGGCGGUACGUUGCGGAAACGCUUCCCUCUGGAUCUGUGA